AUGUCUUGUCCUACGGUCCGUGUUGCUGCCACCCAAGCUGAGCCCGCCUGGUUCGACCUUCAAGGUGCUGUAGAUAAGACUUGUAAGCUCAUAGAAGAAGCAGCCUCGAAAGAUGCUCAGCUUGUUGGAUUCCCUGAAGUCUGGAUCCCAGGUUAUCCAUGCUGGAUUUGGACUCGGAAUGUUGACUUUGAUCUGAAUGUUCAAUAUAUUAAAAAUUCCCUUCGCCUGGACUCUCCAGAAAUGCAAAGAAUCCAGGACUGCGCCCGUGAAAACAAUAUCGCAGUAUCCUUGGGAUUUUCGGAGAAUUGCAAUGGCUCACUCUACAUCGCUCAAGUUCUGAUCGGACCCGACGGGGAGAUCAAAGUCCAUCGUCGAAAGAUGAAGGGGACUCACAUGGAACGCACAGUAUUUGGCGACGGCUCUAGCCAUGCUUUGCAGAACGUGGAAGAGCUCCCAUUUGCCCGCGUUGGCUCGCUGAAUUGCUGGGAACAUUUGCAGCCGCUCCUCAAGUACAACGCAAUCACGCAGAAUGGCGAUAUUCAUGUUGCGGCUUGGCCUCCGCUGUCAAACGACGUUGUUGGAGAUUUUGGGGCUUACUCUAUGACUGCAGAAGGAUCUAAAACACUCUCGCGCACUUAUGCCAUGGAAUCUGGGACAUUUGUGCUGCAUUGUACGCAGAUAAUCACGGAAAAGGGAAUCAAGGCCAUGAGAACAGGUGGACAAACUAUAAUGUCAGCACCGGGAGGUGGCCAUACGACCAUUUUCGGUCCGGAUGGUCGAGUUAUGACGGAACCCAUUCCCGAAGAUAAAGAAGGCAUUAUUUAUGCCAAUUUGGACAUGGACGAGUUGGUCAAGAACAAAAUGUUUGUCGACUGUACGGGACACUACAGCCGUCCAGACGUUCUCUGGCUUGGGGUCUCUCCUGAGAUUAAACGUGUAGUCAGGUCGCAGCGAGUAGAAGUUGCCCAAGACAGCAGUGAGCCAAUCGACUGGUAAAUAAUGGGGGAUCGGGUUAUAUAAAAUUUUAGUUUGGCAACGCCAGAGGAAAUGAAGUUGUGCGUUGAUGGAUAAAUUUGAACUGUGGGAAAAUUGAACGAGGCCUAGGAAAUGAUUUGAAAUCAACGAGAUAUAAGUAUUCUUG